GCUACAAGUGUUUUGAUCCGGUCACAAAUAGAUACUAUGUAUCUAGGGAUGUCAAGUUUAUGGAAGAAGAGGCUUAUUUUGGGGAGAAGAAUUGGGAAGGUGUAAAGGACUUACCAAAUUCGACUUCGGAUAGAGCAAAGAGUCUUCGACAUAUUCUUGAGCAUUUGGGUAAUGUGGGCUCUCCUCAAGAAGAUAGAGAAGCUAUACCAAAAGAACCAAAUGAGAGGACUAGUGAAGUUCAAGAAAGUGAUAACAAUGUGCAACAAGAGGCUUCAGGUAAUCAACAAGAGAGUGGUAGAGAAGAAGGGUUAAGUGAAGAAGUGGAAGAGGAAGAUCCAUCUAGUGAAGGUGAAAUUAUUGAAUCAUCAAGCGGAGAUGAGACUUAUCAAGCUCCACCAGUAACACGAGAUCCAAUCUACACUCGGGAGAAUCCAAGAAGGGGUACAAGAGAGAGGAAAUCAAAGACUAUAAACUUGAGGGGGAGUGUUAAUCAAGAAGGUGUUUAA